AUGGACCCUAUGGAGAGGGUGUCUGUUGAGGAAUCAUUAGGCAUGUUUUGUCUUCUUCUUGGCCAUGCACAAGGUCCACGCAUCAUUGGGGACCGGUUCCAACAUUCAAGCGGGAGAAUUAACCGCCAUGUGAAAACGGUGAUGCUGGUGCUACAUCAGCUUGGGAGGACUGUGAUUAGGCGCACAAACACAGAUGGGGUCCAUCCUUACAUUGCGGGGAACCUCCACAAUUAUCCAUGGUUUGAGAAAUAUCUUGGUGCGAUGGACGACACCAUGAUUGACGUUGCUGCACCAUCUAGAUUGAGUAACGCAUAUAGAAAUCAUCGUGGUCGAAUCGCUCAAAAUGUGUUGUGCUUAUGUGACUUCGAUAUGAAGUUCACGUAUGUAUAUACUAGUUGGGAGGGAACAAGCCAUGAUGCAAGAAUAUUCUUGGAUGCCUUGAAGCGACGUCAGAAUCAAUUUUCAUUGCCACCACAAGGUUAUUAUUAUCUUGUCAAUUCCGCAUUUCCAUGCAUUGAGAAGUUUAUGCCUCCCUAUUCAUGA